AUGCUACCCGUAGUUAUGUAUAACAUGGAAGGAAGUUCGAAUGCGGUUCCAAAUUCGAAUUUCGGUUUGCUUUUUGACGAUAAUAUAAUUUUAAAUAGUGUUAGGAGUAGGAAGAAAGUAUCUGAACUGCCUAAUUGUCCUGUGUGUAGCUGUACUAUACGUCAAGGCGAAUUAGAGAGUCACUUAGGUUUGGAAGUGGAUAGACUAAAUAAACUUUCUUGUGGUGGUUCUAAGCGUAAAUUGAGCGCUAAUAGCCCGGGCAGCUCUAAUCCGAUGCCUGGAUCUAGUUCUAGUGCGGAUCAAGGCGAUGUGGACGUGAGUGGCUGUUUGGGUAGCGAUGUUUAUCAGGAAUAUAAUAUCUAUGUUGUUAGGGUACACUCAAAUCGUCUAAAGAGACUCCGAGCGCGACGCCGUUCGAGUCCUCCUCCGCAGCAGGGCGAGUGUCCUGUCUGCAAUGCUUCACUGCCAGUGUCCAGACUUCAUAGGCAUGCGUUACGUUGCCUUAAACGAACGGGCGCUGAGAUGGACGAGGAUAUACCGGACACCAGUUCUGAAGAAGGCAGUAUUGAUGUUGAGAACGACGAGCCGGCGGGCUUCGGCGCCGAGUACCAGUGGUGCGGCGAGUGGCGCGUGCGCGCGGCGGCGCUGCAGCGCUCCGACGCGCGCCCCGCCACCGCCGUGCGCCGCGCCUCCAGCGACCGAGCGCUGGUGGUAGACGGCGACGAGGACACCGAGCUGUACGGACCGCCGCAAUACUCGCCAUCGAGGAUAGCGCCUGAUGCUGUAAUACCGGCUGCGGAUGAUGAGACGAACGGACAACCUACUGAUAAUAGUAUAGAUGUACCAGUGUUGAAACCAAAUGGAAUAGUAGAAGCAAGUGCUGAGACUAGAAUACAAGCGCUAAAGGAGAAAAUUAAAGAACUAGAAAAGAAGCAGAAUUCCUCUUUAGAAGCAAAAUGUCUCAUAUGCCUAGGGCCAUAUGUAUCCCCAGCUGUCUCGAUCCAGUGUUGGCAUGUAUACUGUGAGGUGUGCUGGUUACAAUCACUGCGUGCUAAGAAAAUAUGUCCGCAGUGCAACGCUAUCACCACCGCAGACCAUCUGAGAAGAAUAUACAUGUGAAACAUAGUACUUAUAGCUCAAUUUAUGACUCUAAUAUUUGUUUUAUAUGUUAUUUGUAUAUUAUACAGAUUGUAUACAAGCGAUAGGAAUUAAAUUAAGCCACAUACACUACA